AUUUUGUAAACAAAAACUGUUUUCUGGUUACUGGACCAAAGAUGUCAAUUUUUGUUUCGUUUAAUUUCCCAUGUUUUAAAGGAACCAAUUACUGUAAUUAUUUUGAUUUAAAGUGUAUUUAGUGUUUGUGCUCACUUUUUUAUUGGUUAAAAUCAAUGAUGGCUCCUCUGGUUAAUGUAUUAACGAGUUACAAUUAAAAAUUUACUUAACUGUUAUUUGGUUACUGGUUUUUACCACUAGAGAAACUGGUUACCUGGUUAUUAUAAAUGGUAAAUCGUUAUUAUAAUUCUUUAAAUCAAACGUAUUAAUUCACUUCUAUUUGGUUUCUCAUUUUAAACUGAUUCACUUCAAUUUUAGUUAAUUAUUUAUGUUGAGCUUCACUUUGUUGCUCACUGGGUUCAUCAGUGCUUGAGUUAAGCUAUCAACAAUCAAGGACUAAUUUGGACUCUACCUUGAGACAUUCAUAUUUGUGCCCUUGGUUUAAUUUUUUCUUGUUUUUAUACAUUUUAUUCUUCCUCUUUUCGACAAAUAACCAUAGCACAAAUCUGUAAAGCAAAAUGAGCCUAACAGAGAACGAAGAUCAAACCAAAUACUUAUAUGUCAGAUUUAAUCAAGACUCAACUUCUCUCUGUCUGGGAAGUCGAUCAGGAUUCCAGUUAGUUAAUUUUCUAAGCACUGAGGAUCUUAAAAUGAUUUCAGGUUGUACAGAGGAAGAAAUCUGCAUCGCUGAAAGAUGUUUUUCUUCCAGUAUUUUGGCAUAUGUCUCCCUACAAUCACCUCGAAAAUUAAAUUUCCUCCAUGUGGAAAGAGAUGUUAUGAUUUGUGAUCCAAGAUGCUACAAUAACUCAAUUUUGGCUGUAAAAUUGAGUCGAAAAAGAAUUGUUGUAAUUCUCGAAGAUGCCAUUUAUAUUCACGUUGGCUUGGCUGGAGAUUUCAUGUCCGACUUACAUCGAAUUAAACAAACUCCAAGCAACCCAAAAGGCUUGUGUGCCCUCUCAUCCAGUGAUGAAAAUUGUUUACUGGCUUAUCCAGGCGGACCCAACACUGGUGAACUGAUUAUCUUUGAUUGCUACAAUUUGGUGGAUAAAAUUGUUAUACCAGCUCAUGACAACCCUUUGGCAGCCAUGGCUUUUGACGCAAAUGGAGAUAAAAUUGCCACUGCCAGUGAAAAAGGAACCAUAAUUCGAGUUCACGCUAUUGCUAAUGGGAAUUGCCUUUAUGAAUUCAGACGCGGUUUCACCCGCUGUGCCAAUAUUUACUCUCUAUCGUUUGGAAUCAACUCAUUGUUCUUGUGUGCUUCCAGUUCAACCGAAACUAUACAUAUCUUUAAACUGGAAACUCCAGCAAAUAAUCGAAAUAAAGAUGAGAGUACAAGUUGGAUUGAUUAUCUCGGACGAGCCUCAGAGACCUAUUUACCUACAAAUAUCUCUAAGGUUUUCAACCAGGAAAGAUCUUUCGCCUUUGCCAAGUUACCUUUGAAAAAUUUGGAAACUGUUUGUACAAUAACAAUAAUUAAUGAAACACCUUGGCUUUUGGUUGCAUCAUAUGAUGGUUACGUCUAUAUUUAUGAUCUAAACAUUAAUGAAGGAGGUGAAUGUAAUCUUGUUCGUCAACAUAAACUAUCUGAAAUACCAGUGGCAAAUGCAGAGAGACGUGAUUCAUCAACACCAACAGUUUUCUUUGCUUGUCCAAAGGUUUAAGCUAUGCCGCUGCCGUUAGAGGAUUCGAGAUUAAAUCAAACAGAAUAACCACCAACAGUCCCACCAUCGAAUCAGCUGUAACUCCAAUAUCAUGACACUGAUUUAUUUAUACAAAUGAUUCAAUUUCAUUCUCUUCUAUUACAAUUUCUCCCUCACAUUCACUCUCUUUCUAUCAUUUCAACUUGUUCUAUUUGGUGUAAAUAAGCUUGAAAGUCUCAAAAACUUAUCAAAUGAUACAAAAAUGCAAAUACUUUUAAAUCAAGUGGAAACAAAAGUUAACAUCACCUGUAAAAAUAAAAAUCUGCACAUGACGUAAUCUCAUGUCAUUAUUGAUAGCGAUAAUGGUUGGUGUUAACAAUAGUAGUGAUCAAAGAAGGAAACUUCUUAAUGUCAAACAUUAAUUUGAUUUCAUGGUUAACAUAGAAUCAUUUUUCUUAUCAAAUUGACCAACGCCAACUUCCCAAGACAUGGACCAUUCAUAUAAAGGAAUAGAUUUCGUUGGUUCAUUAUCUGUACAUAAAUCAAAUUGCACCACUUAUAAAUAUUGUUAAAAAAGCUAAUUCAAAAUGAUGUCCACAAUUUUAAUACAGAAGCCUAUUUUGGACAAAGCAGCAAUUGUCACAAUUUAUUCAUAACGAAAAAUUGACUUCCAAGUCUAAUUCUUAAUGAUUUAGAUUUCUCACUUUAUCUUGUUUAUCUCAUUAAAAUAUCUAAAUCUUACAAUUUAAAAUAGCAAAGAAAUGUUUAAUUGAUCGAGAUCAGCUUCCAUUAUUUUACUUCUAUUCACUGUAAUCUAAUUUUCUAAUAAUUGAAGGUAAAAUUCAAUCAAAA